AUGAGUUACCUUCUGGACGACAAGAAAAUUCUCCUCAAGGAACUGUUCAUUCGGAAUGAGGACAUAAAGAGAGAGAAUGAAAACAUCGAAUUGGAGAAUCGGGCUUUUUUAAAACUGAUUGAAAGUUACGAAGAGCAGACGAAACUGCUGAAAGCGCUGCCCUACAUCCACCACGUGUGUACCAGUCUGUACGCCGUGGAGGAUGAAAUAAACUUCAACCUGUCAAGACAUGAGUUUGCAUCCCACUUGAAUCAGCUACUGGAUGAGGAGAUACAUAAAUACAAAAAUAUUUUAAAAAAUAUUUUAACAAAGUCGGACGUAGAUGUGGGGUCUCCUACCAACGGUUUGUCUGGACAGCAGGUUUCCAAGGAUCAACUGAAAAAUAAGGUGUACAACAUUGACAUGGAAGACGUGGAUGACAUGGUUUCUGUUUCGAGGGGGACCAGUGCGAACGAAACGUUAGUGCGUGAACAAUUGGAGGGGAAAGACCCACCAGGGGGGGCAACGCAGGAGGAACAGCACGACCAAACAGCGGAACAGCACGCUGACUCUCCCUGCCAAACGAACGAGAAGAACAUUUGUCUGCAUUGGGAAAGGGAGAAGUCCACGGGGGAGUUCUACUCCAUUCAGUCGUUCGAGGCGAAGGAAGACAUCCACAGGAGCCGCCUGAACCUGCCCGAGAAGCAACAACUAACAAUGAACGAGAUAGAAAAGCUUAAAGGGAAAAUAAAAAAAAAUACCGUCUAUUAUGACAACGCAAAAACGAUGAUCCUCUCGAUGAUUACUCAGUGUAAAAUUCUCCUUUUCGAGUUGGACGAGGAUACAAAAAGUUACAACACAUGGAGAGAGAGAAUGAAAAAGGACAACUACCUAAUGAAAAGGAAGAAUUGCUUAAAUGAAUUUUUCAGUGAGAUCAUACAGAAGCACAGAGACAAAGUCGGAGAAGCGAGAAAGACAAACCAGACGUUGCUAAACCUGUACAGGAAAAAAUUCUCUAACAUGAAUUAUAUAAUUACCCUUAAUGAAAAUAUAAACAACGUGGACUUUAGAUACCUGCAUGUGCUCAUCCACAACCAGAAGCUGAACUACGAUAGGCUGAUGCGGGAACACGAGGACAGUUACUCCUGCUUAAGAAAGCUGCUCAACGAAUUGAGGCAGACGCAGAAUAAAAUUGAAGAACGAGAAGGAAGGAAAAAAGAAAUGCAGACCACCAUCGAAAAGAACAACUGCACGCUGAACGAAAUGAACAGGAUGAUAAUCGACCUCACCAACAAGAUUGACACGACCAACAGCGUGUCGAAUAAAAUGAACCAGUACGAGCACGUCGGCGCCAUGGGCAGCAACUCCGUCCUGCAGUGCAUCCAGCUGAACAAAGACAUCCACAAUGUGGAGAAAAAAAUAAAGUCUUACGAAAGAAAAAUUGACAUCACGGAAAAUGUGAAGGUCAAGACGAAGGAGGGGAAGCGGGAUGGGACAAAAGGUUAA